UUUCUUCGUUCUUCCCCCAUCUUCUUUCUCCUCUUAAAACCCUCCAUAUUUCUCUCUCCUCUCUCAUCUCAAAACCCUCGUGCACCGAAACCAGUAAGAGCAAUAAAACCACACUGCCAAAUGGCCUCCGCCCAACCGCCGGCAGACAACGGCUCUGUCACCGCCGAACCUCUCGUCACCACCACCUCCUCCGCUGAACAAUCGGUUGCAGCCGAGGCCACAGAAGCCAUAUCCGAGGAAGUUGAAGCUGCCGAUGCCGAGACUCCCACUGCGGCCGAGGUCAAUCAGGCUGAUGAAAAGGCGAAGGAAUUAGCGGAGAUGAAGGCCAGAUGGCCGGGUUGGCCUGGCCAUUCAGUGUUUCGGCUAGUUGUGCCGGUGCUGAAAGUGGGUAGCAUUAUUGGGCGGAAGGGCGAUCUCAUUAAGAAGCUCGUUGAGGAGACUCGCGCUAGGGUUCGAGUGCUUGAUGGCCCCAUGACCUCUCCGGAUCGCAUUGUUUUGGUUGCUGGGAAGGAAGAACCAGAAUCUGCCUUGCCUCCAGCAAUUGAUGCCAUAAUAAGAAUCUUCAAACGUGUUAAUGGACUGUCUGAGGAUGAUAGUGCUGGUGCUGCAUUUUGUUCGCUUCGGUUGUUGGUGGCAUCAACACAGGCCAUAAGCUUAAUAGGAAAACAAGGCUCCUUGAUAAAGUCUAUCCAGGAAAGCACCGGUGCUUCUGUCCGGGUGCUUUCUAAUAAUGAUGAAAUGCCAAUAUAUGCCAGUACUGAUGAGAGGAUUGUCGAGUUACAAGGGGAAGGUAUCAAGGUUCUCAAAGCUUUAGAAGCUGUGGUGGGGCAUCUGAGAAAAUUUUUGGUCGACCAGAGCAUUCUUCCCUUAUUUGAGAAGAGCUUUAAUACUGCGCCACCCGCUCAGGAAAGACAACAAGUAGUAGACACUUGGUCCGACAAGAAUAUGCUGCAUGCUACUCCACAGACCUCACUAGGCGGUGAUUACCCCCUCUCAGUGAAGAGGGAUCUCUAUAUUGACCGUGAACUUGAAAGCCGCAUGGAAUCACACAUCGCUUCUUCUAGACUCUCGUUGUAUGGUCCAGAUCACGGGCUUGGCAGCCGUUCCUCAACAAUAGGACGCCCUGGUGGGCCCAUUGUAACUCAGAUUGCACAGACUAUGCAAAUACCUCUUGCUUAUGCGGAGGAUAUCAUCGGUGUUCAAGGGGCUAAUAUCGAUUACAUCCGACGAACUAGUGGUGCCAUUCUUACAGUGCAAGAGAGUCGAGGCUUGCCUGAGGAAAUUACCGUCGAAAUUAAAGGCACCUCUGCACAAGUCCAAGCUGCCCAACAACUCAUUCAGGAUUUUACGAGUGCCCCUCGAGAAUCACUUCCAGGGAGUUAUAGCAAUCUGGAAUCCAGUUUGAGGUCUUCGUACUCUCAGUUAGGCAGCGGGAGCGGCAGCGGCAGCGCUUACACUUCCUCCUCGUAUGCGGCGGGGCAACCCUAUGGUGGUGGCUAUGGAUCAUCUGGUGUUGGAGGAUAUAGUAGCUUUAGGAUGUAAAAUUUUGUAGGAUGGGAGUUUUUUUUCUUCCUCAAGGCAUUGCCAACUUUUUUUUAUUAAAAAAAAAAAAAUUAUGCAGAAAUAUGUCAGAUUAUAAUCUGUAAAGCAACAUGCAGAUUGACCAUGGAGAAAGAGGAAAACUUAUUUGUAGUUGUAUUUGAUUUUUGUUUUUGUAACUAAAUAAGAAAAAAAAAAAAUUAAUUUUUAUAUUUUGUUUGAAACAAUUAUAUGUUUGUUA